AUGAAGAGAACUUCACCAGCCGUGGUGGCCCCCGAGCCCGUCUCUCCCAUCUCCGUUGAGGAUGUAUGGGGACGACUCUGGCGCGCACUCCCCUCCGUGCAACUUCAGCAAGCGGAAAAUGCAAUGAAUAGCCAGUGCACUGAUAGGCAUGAAGACACGGCGGCUUUACCCUUGCUGUCGGUCGUCCUGCCACGCGAAGAGAUGGCACAUCUGGUGUCCUGCGUCUAUCUCGCCCUGCACGCCAAUGCCAUCGACAGCGACACCGAGGCCGCUGUGGAAGAGGUGCUGCGGUCGCCAUCUCUCAACAAAGUCAGCGACAAGGACUUGGAUGGUGCAGCUGCGCGGACGGCGCUACGAGAGACCUACACCAACGAAGACUUCAUCGCCUUUCUCGAGAGCGUGCCUACGCGCUGGAUGCCUGAUAUGAUUGCUGCGCAGGAGGACACGGAGGAGGGGCGGUUAUGGGCGGAGUUCAACGUGGAGCUUGUGGACUGCGUGGUGAAUGAUGAGGCGCCGUACAACCUGUUGGAGCCGACCGAUGUGCUCACCAUUCAGCGCACGGCAGCGGCGGUUCAUCUAGAGGCACCCGUGACGGAUUACAUUGAGGUAGUACCACCCCGAUUGUACCCCGUCGUGUACGAUAGCCUCUUUGAACGACUCCAGCUCAACAAUGACCGGAGCGACACCAGCCUCAGUCUGGCACAGUUUCGCUUAUUCUUUGAGUGGUUCCAUGGCCUGCACUUCAGCAACACAAAUGCGGAGAGGGCAAAUGCGGCCGCCGAGGACGUGUACAACCGCUACUGUGACCAGCGCGGUCAAUUCACCACGACACAGUUUCAGCUGGCGUGCGAGGAGAUGUGUGCAGUGUACGUGCAGCACUGCGACGCGGCAGCCUAUUUGCAACAACUCGUACACCGCACUGAAAAGGUCAUGUGUAGGGCAACCAAGGACCGUUCUGUAAACACGGCACCGCAAGAGGCACGGAUGAAUGCCGAGUUUUUCCUCCAUGCGGAGGAGGUGACGCUGCCGAGCUGGCGCCGUGACCUGACGAGCCCUGUGACGCUGUACAUGCCAGACGAGCUACGCGCCGUGCAGCAGGAGGUUGAUCGCUAUCAUCGCCAUCGGAGUCCGCGGAUCCUGCUUGUCGGGCCUGCGGGCAUCGGCAAGAGCGAGGUGGGCAGACAACUGUCCGAGGAGCUGCACUGCGUUCACUUGAAUGUGCUUGAGCUGGCCGUGGCUGCGCUGAGCGACAGAGAGCAAGGAACGCUGGCUGCGGAGCUGACAGUGUGUCUCGCACAGCGCGCUCCGGUUCCGAUGACGUUGCAGGUGCGGCUGUUGCAGGAGGCCAUGACAAGCGCGCGCGCUGAAUACCGUGGCUACGUAUUCAGUGACACCCUCUCGUGCACGGCAGACACCACCGACGCGUGCAACGAGCACUUUGUGCGGCCGCUGCAACUCUCCGAGAUGGCGCGGCCGGACCACGUUGUGGAGAUGUGCACCUCCAUGCCGGAUGUGUACCAGGAAUAUGCGAGUGCUCGGAGUGGGGCUGCGGCGGCGGCGUCACAGCGGGCAUGGGACGCCUUUAUCAAGGAUGAGGCAAAGAGGGCACAGGACCUAGAGAAAGCGGAGAUACGAGCUGACUGCGAGAAAAUUCUAGCACACCUAGUGGAGCUCGAGGGGGUGACGGGGAAGACAGCACCGCCAGUGGCAGAGCUGGAGCUGGCCCGGCAAAAGGCGAUGGAAGCGCAAGACAUUCUGCUGACCCUGGAGGAGGAGGAGGAGGCUGCGGAGGACGCAAAGAAACUCUUGCUCCCUCGAUCUGUGACAGAGAGGCUGGAAGAGGUGCGCCUACGACUUUCAGCACUUAUCCGCGAUGGCCGCCUCGAGGCGGGUGUGGAGCCUCUUUCUUCAGCCGCAAAUGACGCCGAGCGUGCUAUCCUUCUUCCUUCUCUGGAGGAGCAGGACUGGACCUCCAGUUGGCGGAAGCACGUCGAUUAUGCCAAGAGCAGGAACUGUCAUGUACUUGUAGAUCCUAUUGCGUCUGCCAGCACCGAGCAGGUAACGUCGUUUAUUGCACACGUGUUUCACCUACACCCUUGCGACGAACCGGCAUUACUCGGUGCUGCAAAGAUGACCGAGGACCAGGACAGCGGCGAAGAGGGCGCAUAUGGGCAGCCCACCUCGGUCGCCACUGACGAGGAGCGCAGUCGUGACGUCGAGGCGGCGGCGCAGGAGGCAGGGCUCUCACUCUCACCUGUGUGGAAGCGAUAUUGCCCGGUCACGGCUUUGGAGGAUCAAGUGCUGAUAGAGGGCGCGGCUUGCUAUGCCUGCACCUACCGCGGUCAUUACUACUGUUUCACCUCCGCCAGCAAGCGGUCCGCUUUCAUGGACUUCCCCGUCAAAUACCUGCGUCAGCGCUGCUCUCCCGACAGGAAGCCGGUACUUGUCUUGGCGGACGACACGCUAGUUCACUCUACGAGCAAUAUGGUAGAGAUCAUGCAGCACGUUGUGAAUGAGACGGCGGCACGGCUCAAUCUGACGCCGUACACCGUCUCAGAGUACGUGAAGCUGCUUGAACCGCGUGAAACGCUUCUGCAGAGGCGCCACACAUCGUUCGUGAAUCGCCAGAAGGCCGAGGAGAAGGCCCGAAAGGCGCGAGCGGAACGCAAGGAGUUGGCCAUCAAGGCCCAGGCAAAGAAGAACAAGGGCAAGAUGGAGCCCAGCAAGCCAAAGCUCAAGAGGAAAGUGAGCAGGGCUGGGCGUGUCUCCUUCCUGCAGCAAGCGCUGCAGCAACAACAGGGUAGCGCCGCGACCACCGGCGAGGCACGCCGAGGCGUACCUCGCGCGAUGGACAUGGAAGGUCCGCUGAGCAUGGCCGAUGAGAAAGCAAUGCAAAUUCGCGCAACCAAGAAAGCGGCGGCGCGCACCGCCCCACUGCUGCUCUCGGCAGUGACGUCGGCGGAUCUGCAGGCAGGUUUUCUUCGUGGCUUGUGGGAGGGCAGCUUACUCCCAGAGACGGUGCUGGUUCUGCGUCCGGCUGGCGCGCCGGCCGCCGCGAUAGCGACGGAGCGUGACGAGGAUGACGAGGAAACGGAGAAGAGCGAUGCAGACACGAGUGACGCGUUGGUUCUUUCGCAAGUGCUGAAGCUGUUAGAAAAGGACCCCGCGUUCGAGCAGCGCUCUGUGACGGGAGGCAGGGGCAGCGCGAGCCUGCAACAACCACUGACAUUUAACAUUUUCUUCGUUGCCUUGCCCGAGGCACCUUGCGUGCCCGAGGUCAUUGCAGAGGUAAUGCAGCUGCUAGACCCGCUCGCUAUUCAAACCAGCGAGGCUGUUGUGGAUGAGGCGCUAGGCGCGGAAGCCGAGGACGCCGCCGAAGAGGAGGCCGAUGAGGAAGCUGAGGAUGCGGCGUUUCUGAACCCAGGUGAGGGCGAGGUCUCGCAAGUGCCGCGGCCACCGCGCCACCCCCUUACGCAGCCGGUGCGUCGCUUCCUGCACCAGUUUGGGUCGCGUCUCAAUUAUUGCCCCGUUACACUGCACGAGCGUGGUAUCCUCGUGCAGGGGCGGCAGGAGUUCUGCCUGGCCUUCGUAGAUGGCCUCUACGUGUUCGCUACUCAGGAAGCACGUGACGCGUUUGCGCGUUGCCCGCUGCGCUAUGUGGGCGAACUACCACCGGAGACGUUUCCCCCUCGUGUGUGGCUAGCGGGGUCGACGCACUCCGGCAAGAAGACACUCGCGGCUGAACUACAGGAGGACUACGGUGUACCUUUUUUUGUAUACGACCGCCAAUUCUUCGCGGAGUGUGUCGAGGCGGUUCUCACGCCAGGAGGUCGCACGGUGCGUGGAGUGUACAUCCCUCAGGAUGGCCAAGAUAGGAACCCGUAUGUGAAUCGCGCCCGCAUGCUGCUAGAAGAGAUCCGCAACAGGGCGAAGGAGGAAAAAACAAAGCUGAAGGCCAAGGCGGAGGCGGAACGACUGCUGCAGGAACGCGAGCAACGCAACGAGGAGCGUGCCGCGCGCAGCAACGUAGACUCGGACGUGGAGGACAGCGAAGAUGAGGAUAACUGGGACGAGGCCAAAGAAGCUGCGCUGCAGGAGAGCCUCGAGUUUGAGCCAGAGGAUCCAGAGGACAAGGAGGUGCGCCUGAGGGAGACGUACCUGCGCAUCGCUAGCUGUGUGACACGCUUCAGCCCCUUUGACACGCUCGGCUACGUGAUGAUUUGCCCACCAUUCUCGGACAGUGAACUCGAGGUCCUCUUUGACGAGGGAUGCAUUCCGGAAGUGGUGGUUCGGCUCAACAUUGCGGCAGAGACCUAUGCGCAGCGAAGCGCACUGCAUGCGGCACAGCGGCAUGAGGCAAUGCAGAACGCUGAGGUGCCACACGCCUCCGCUGCGGAAGUGGAAGCGUCCAAGAAAGCCACCCAACUCGCUCGCGACGCUGCUCGGCUGCAGCGACGCCGCGAGAAGGCGCUGCGCAAGUGGCGUCGCCGGCACAUUGGGGUAAAUGACAUCGAUUCACCCUCUGAGGCAGAAGACGAGGCGGAGACACAGCGGGAGCAGGGGCACUCUGGCGACGCGAGCGGCGGCGAUAACGAUAGCGACUCUGACGCGAUGGUUGCCGCCUCCGACAAUAGGGAUGGCCAGUUAGCCACGGAGAAGGAUUAUUUCACACAGGAAGAGGAGCUGAAUGAGUUCAUGGACGGUAUCGAGGAGAGGCUAGUUGAGGUGGUGCGAAUCGACGGCAGGGCUGCGAGAAGGACAGUGUACCGUGCCGUGAUCGAGGCUCUUGGACGCCAUAUGCGCCACCGUGCAUCGCUCUUCUACGUGCCCGAGGUGAUGCGCUUUGAAGAUGCGAAGGCGCGCUUGACGGCAGGCGUUUGCGAUCUGUCCUCGUUCGGCUACGAGGACCCGGUGCACUUAUAUAGGUAUCGCCACGAUGGCUCGCAAAUCGAGUGUGCCUGGAAACCCGCCGGCGUGCGCGUCGGUCCGGAGCAGCAGCUGGAGGAGAACGAGCGAGGCUAUUACGUCGCUGGAGGUGCAGGUGAUAAUGAAAGUGGCAACGACCACGAACCAGAGGAGCCGGAGGAGCUGAGCGAAGUACUCUCGGACGAGGUACAGGAGCUGCGCGACGUGGUGAACAGGUGCAGGCGGCGGCGACAGCGAGAGACAGCGCUGCGAGUGGCGCGCGUGCACCGCCGCCUCUACUUCUUCGAAAACGACGACUCACUUCUCUGUUUUGUGCGCGAUCCGUGGCCGUUCAUUCGUCAGUCGCCACCGACCCCGAGGCUUCUCCAGCACCCUGUCGUGUCGGUGUACGAGUACGACGACCGCUACACCACGGAGAAUGGCGGCGAAAAGAAGCGCGUGCUGGCCGACUCCAUAGCAUUCAAUCUGCGCAUGAAGUGUAUGUCCGUUUCGUCGCUGCUCGCGUGGGGGGCGGUGCAUCCGCACUGGCACGCACUAAGGCUUGACUGCAUGUUGGCGGCUCAGCAAGGAAGCGUCGACCCUGCCCUGGUACAUAAGCUGCUGAUCUUGUACUUAUCUACAGCGGAGGUGAAGCGCCGCGGUGCGGUGCUGCACAACUUGCCGAGCACCGCCUCUUCCGCGGAGGCUCUCCCGCAGGUUGCGUGCACCGCGCCUAUCGUCAAGGUGAUGACGACGUUAUUUACCUCCUUGAAGAAUGGAAUGGCUGCCGACCUCUCAGCGCCAAAUGCCGACGGAGAAGUCGACUGGUGGGUCGCAGCCGUUUCCGCGUUGGAGCGUCACGCUGCCGUGCGCUUACCACUUCCUCGCCCAAGCGUGCCCCUCGAUGCCAGCAACCUCGUCGCGGCCGUACAUGGUGUGGAGGAGUACGUUCAGCAGACGCAGGAGGCCCUGCUACGGAAGCAGCGCGCCUUUCCAGUUCGGCUACACAACUCUUACCAAGUCUACAGCUACGUACACCGCCACCUGUCCCAGUUCGGUACUUUCUGCCCGUAUGAGUGGCUCGAUCACGACGACCUUGUGCGCAGCGUACGCGCACCAAUGGUCAGCCCCGUGGCAACCGCUACAUGGGCGCCACUCUCUGUGUCCACCUCAAAUGAGGUAGACUUGCGUUGGGGCGCGAGUUACCUGAACCAAUAUUUCUUCUUCAGCUCCGCCGACUACCUCGAGCGUUUCCUUAAUAACCCGACGACAGUGACCGACCCAUCCAAGACCAAGCCAAUGCCGAAGCACUUCCCUGUCAUUGCUUCGCCCCCAGUGAACAUGGCUUACUUGGCACUAGAGGGCUGCUGUCCUGUACUGCUCUACGACACCCGUGACUUUCGCGGGAUGCGCGGUGUCAUUCAGCCGGUGGCCAAAAAGGGAUCCCUCGACUGCGUUGUCGAGUACGACGGGAAUCUGUACGCGCUGCUUGACAGGGAGCACAUGACACGGUUUCUACGCCGCCCGUGGCAGUACGUCGAUGGUGCUCAUCUGCCACAGGUGCUGCGACGUCCUCUUCCCACUGGGACCUCCCCAUCUGACAUUGUCAAUCACGAGGAGUACAUCCAGCGGCAGCUGUACGAUCCGGUAGCUCUGGCGCUGCUCGCGGUGGCACAGGAGCGCCCCAUUUACCCCGGACUCUCCGUCGAGGAGUCUGCACUCAAGUAUAUUGCGCUUUACCUUAAGGCUCAUCGCGAUCCGGCCUCCCUCAGCGACUUUGAAGAGAAGACGUACCGCCACUACUUUGAGGUGUACCAGCAACGAGCAACACUGUACCGAAGCUUGCCCUCGUCCUCGUCCGAGGCGAGGACAAAACAGAAGGUUGCGGGGGGUGCGACUGGCGCCGUGAGUCUCUCAUCCGCCGCAUUAGACCGGGAAUACUGCGCCAUCUUCGAGGAUUCCAUCGCUGACGCACGCGACAUGAGCUUCUUCAAUCGACUACCACCCCCCUCUGAGGCCGCCUUGUAA